GCAACGACACUGACUGACUUGACAGCAGUGGGACAGACAGUUUGCUGUACUUUGAUCGCUUUUUGCUGUGCCUUAAAAUCAGAGCAAUCCCGUCACACCCCGCAGGACACAGUACAUGCGCUUACAAGGAGACUGCUUCAUGUGAGGAAGUCCUACUUCUCUUGGCUUUUCUCUCACUUUUUGCACAAUCGUGUGUCGUAAUCUGCCCCAAGACCACCAUGACGUGCCAUGCCAGGCAGACUUUUUGCUCUCUAAUGUCCGUUUUAUUUCUCUGUGUUGCUGCGGACCUGAACGCACCUGUAGUCCACACAAAGCUCGGGAGCCUGAAAGGUGAGUAUGUGAGUGUGAAAGGGAAGGAGACUGGCGUCCAUGCCUACCUGGGUGUCCCAUUUGCCAAACCACCCCUCGGCCCUUCCUUGAGACUGGCUCCACCUCAGCCUGUAGAAGGAUGGGAAGGAGUAAGAGAUGCCACUAAACAGCCACCAAUGUGCAUACAACCUGAACGAUUUGCUUUGGCUCUGCUUGAUAAACUCGGUUUCUUGUUGGCUGAUAUCCCAGACAUUUCUGAAGACUGUCUUUACCUCAACAUUUACACUCCUGCAAAACGAGCUAAUGAUGCCAAGCUCCCAGUCAUGGUCUGGAUCCAUGGUGGAGGCCUGUCAGUAGGAUCAGCUUCAACAUAUGAUGGAUCUGCCCUGGCUGCUUACCAGGACAUGGUUGUGGUUCUGAUCCAGUAUCGCUUGGGACUUCUGGGGUUUCUCAGCACCGGAGAUGAGCACAUUUCAGGGAACUUUGGCCUGCUCGAUCAGAUUGAAGCUCUCAGGUGGAUCCAGCAGCACAUUCACAGCUUUGGAGGAGACCCAGGAUUAGUUACCAUAUUUGGAGAGUCUGCUGGUGGAGUGAGCGUGUCCCUUCUGCUCCUGUCACCACUGUCUGAAGGGCUGUUUCAUCAUGCAAUUGCUGAGAGUGGCACAGCUGCUAUGGAUUUACUUGUGGAAAAUGAUCCUCUACCAAAGGCACAGGAGGUUGCAAAUGCAUCUGGCUGCAGCCUUGAAAGCACAAAGACAUUUGCUGAUUGCAUACGAAGCCUUGAUAUUGAUACCAUAGUGGAUUUUACCAAGGACCGACGUUUAAGAUGUCCUAUAAAUGUUGAUGGGCAUUUCCUGACAAAACCUGUGGAUGAGCUGUUUCAUAAGCAUGAACUCCUCACUGUACCAUUCAUGAUGGGUGUCAAUAAUGAUGAAGCGGGAUGGAUGCUAAAAAAUUUAUUCAUUAGUGUUCCACAAAAUUGGGCAGAAGGAAUGGAUCGGGAACAAGUCAUAAAUGCAAUGGCCUUCUUCUAUCCCAAUCCUAAAGAUGCAUUCAUCAAAAAUUUGAUAACUGACGAAUAUAUUGGAAACGGUGCCGACCGUGUGAAAAACCGAGAUGGGUUCUCUGAGGUUACUGCAGAUAUUAUAUUCAAUAUUCCAGUCAUUAAAACUGCUAAUGCUCACAGAGAAGCGGGUGCCCCUGUAUACCUGUAUGAGUACCAGCAUUCCUUGAAAAUGGUGCAGAAAAGAAGACCGAGCUUUGUUGGGAGUGACCAUACAGAUGAAAUUUUUACAGUGCUGGGAUUUUGCUUCACAACUACCCACGUUAAACUGCCUCAUCCAUGCCUUGAGGAGGAGGAAGAGUUGAGCAGAACCAUGAUGAGUUACUGGGGCAACUUUGCUCGCACAGGGUCUCCUAAUGGGCACGACCUUGUCCACUGGCCAAAGUAUGAAGCAGAUGAAAAGUACCUGGCGAUUGGUUUAAAAAAGCAGGUAACUGCUCAGCACCUGAAGAAGGAGCGUUUUGUCUUCCUGACUCAGACCGUCCCAGAGAAGAUCAAACAGCAUGAGGAAAAUGCAGAACGCAGCGAGCUGUAGAAAACUCACAUCUGGUCUCUGUUACGUCGGUUUUUGAUAUCAUUACCAAAUAAUAAAAUACAUAAAUUAAUCACUUGUGGCUUAAUUGCCUGCCUUUCCAUUCUACAUUCACACAAAACUCAUACUAGCCAGUAAACUAUGGUUAAUAGUAGAUGUGCGAUUCAGUUCUGCUGCUUGUAAUCAGGGUUUAAAAUGUUUUAAUUAAUUCAAUUCAUUUUUAUAGCGCCAAAUCAGAACAACAGUUUUCUCAAGGUGCUUUAUAAUGCAAAGUAAAUGCCUUACAAUAAUCAGAUGGCCAGAUGAUCCCCUUUUGAGCAAGCACCUUAUUGACAGUGGAAAGGAAAAUCCCUUUUAACAGGAAGAAACCUCUGGCAGAACAAUGGCUCAGGCAGGGGUGACUAUUUGCUGGAUCGGCUGGGGGUGAGAGUAGAUGACAAUACACAUGUAAAACAUUGUGAAAUAAACAGAUGUGACAAACUGGUUCUUUUCAUUUUUUUUUUCCUUUUUUGUUUAUUUAUUACUGAGAAGAGCGCUUAAGCUGAAAAGCUCCCUGAAGUCUGAUGUGAGCAGUUCAAUAGGUCAAACUUAGUUUUCCACAAAUUCAGGCAUAUGGCAUUGAAAACAGUACAAAGCAACACUUUUAAAAGGCAAAUCAUUCAAACAGCUGGGUUCACAGAGAAAAUAACGUAACAAACAAAUACACUAAAAUUGAGAUGAAUUUAAUGGAGUGACAAAAAGGAAACAAAACAAGGCUUUAGCAGAUAUCUAUUUUUUGCAAAUAUUAGUAAAGCUGCAGUCUGAUAUAAAAGUGCUGGCCAGUGGUUUUCAAAUGAUUCAAUAUAUUGCCCAGAAAAGUGCACUUGGAGUAGGAAAGCUACUGGGCAUCACCAUCAGGCCAUAAUGAGACAUACAGACACUUACUUGGUACUGUGCUGUUAGAUCGUAUAAUGUUCAGCUACUAGGUCUAGAAUUUUAAACAACUGGGAAACCUGUAGGGAAUAGCUUUGCAGGUAUAAAGCCAGGCAAACACUGUGUCAGCCAUUUAAACGAACAACAAACUCAAUACAUUUCAAAGGUAAGUGAAGCUUCAGUUUCAUACCAUAGUUACAGAAGCACAAACUGUCUAACGCUGAUACUUUGAAUAAAUCCAGAUUAUGUAUUUGUUAUCGUUGUCACAUUACAAUUCCUUUUUCCAUCUUACGUAAUAAUUCAGGUGUGGUGAUAUUAAGUAUGUCUGAUGUUGCUGAAAGACAUAAACGUCUGACCAAAGCUGGCUGAUGUAAGUACUGUGUUUGAUAAGAUGGCGGGUCAACAGUUAGAAAAUUGCCCGGUUGUAAAACAUAUUCAGCAAUUCUAUUUGACACCAUACAAUGAAUGAAACUUAAAACAUGUUUGUUGUACUUAAUACUCGUCUGUCCUUGUGUCACUAAUGUCGGGCAAAGAGAAAAACACCUGAGAUGCUGUCUUUUCUAAAGUCUGGAUGUCUCUAAAGUAAAGGAAAAAACAGAAAAAAGGCAUGCUGCUUUAUUGAAAACAAAACAGGUUCAGAUAGUGGUUAUGAGUGUAAAUAAAUGCAGCAUGCAGUUUAAUAUGUUGGGCACUGAACUCAGUAUAAUACUAUUAUAUAGUAGAAUACAUUGGACGCCUUUGUCUUCUUCAAGCACUGCCAAGUACAGACAUCGAUUUAGAAUCAGAGGCACAUACAGUUUGAUCUAUAAUAAAUGGUGUCAUUCCUUUGUUGUUUUUUUUGUCCUACGGGGAAUAAAUAAAUAAAUUUGUGACCUGUUAUCAUGCUGCACUGGAGGAUUAAGGUCAUACGUUAGGUGAGGACAAACAGUGACACGUGUAGCCUUUCAAAGAGCUUGGAUUGGAACAAGCUAAAGUUAGAUGGUAACAUCCAAUGCCUUUCAAACUCUUAAGUUAAUCAUGGUAGUAACGUUGCCAGCAGAAGACAGAGGUGUAAUUGUGUAAAAUGGUUGUUAUGAUGCCUAUUACUGUGGGAGGAGACUUAAAGCUUGGUGCAUCAGGAUGUCCAGGACUGCAUGUUGCGCAGCAUGGCCUCAAAUCGCUCCAAGUUGGGGGCAUGAGCGUGAGGUAAGUUGU